ACUAUGGAACAACAGUGUACUUGUUGUUGGGAAAUUUGUUCCGUGUCAGAAGACAUUUAUGUGUUUAGUAAGGGAAUAAGAAAGAUCUUUUCAAAAGGCUUAGAAAUCUCAAAUCGUUAACAUGUUUACAAUACUAAAUUUACCGCGAAAACAACGAUACUAAUACAAACCAUUUACCGUGUUGUUUCUCCAGUGAAAGAAGAAGAUGUAGAGUGUCGACGCGUGUUCAUUAACUUCGAUUGGUAUACGACUACAGCUACUACACGCGUCUUAAUGCAUGCCACUGAGUUUCAAGCGAAAAUCUUGAAACAGUCUUGUGUCGAAUUUUUUUUUAUGACCUGCUUCGGAUGUCCCACCACCAACAGGAAAACAAUUGGCGAUCCAUGUAUAUGAUAUGAAUUGGACCCACUUCCAAAGAAUGGAUUCAACAUAGUGUUAUAGUUUUUCUGGUAUUCAAAAUAUAUGGGCCUGUAAGUUAGUAUAAGAUUUGUUUUUAUUAUUUUAAUAUUUGAUUGAAAAAUUACGCUAAAUUUUUAUAAGAUCAGUUUACUCUAUUUUUUAAAAAAAAAAAAAAAAUUUAUAAUAAAAUUAGACAUUGCUACAAUUAUACUUUAUUUUUGAGUGAAAAAUAGAAUAAUAAACCAAAAAAAAAUUACUAUAUAUAUAGGUAAACAUAUUUUAUACUCUAUUAUAAAAUACAAAAUAAAGUAUUAUUGAAAUAUUUUUGCUAUAAACUCUAUUUUAAAUAAAAAAUAAAAUGGAGUUGGAAAUGCCCUGACAUUGGAAAACUUGACCUCACCCUGUAAAUAAAUCGUUUCAUGUGUUGUUCGUUAAUCAAUUUAUGUUUUUUUUUGCUAGAAAGGGAGAACUACUGUGUAUGCAGUGAUAAUGAGCUCACACAAAUGAUUUUACCAUAUUACACUUUACUGUUUUCCUGAUUUUGAUGAGAACACUAUUAUUGACUUUUUUAAACAGGAAAUAUUUUCACUUUAAUUGACUUUUAUAACAGAAAUUAUAUUAUUUUACUUUCACUUUCCACUAUAAAAUGGCACACUAGCAUGAAUAUCGAAACCAAGCUUCUGUUUCCCAUUUCUCUCAGUGUUAUCUAUACAUCAUCCAACUAAUGGCAAACCAACUUCAAAAACCCUUAACCAAUUCUCCUAAACCGGGUCUGACCAAAGAAGAAGAUUCUCAAGAAAUGGUUGCCUUACAAGCCCAGAGGAUGGUGUACUCCUUGACACUCCCAAUGGUUUUCAAAGCCGCCUUGGAGCUGGGAGUCAUCGACACGUUGGCUACCGUUGAGGACGCCAUGUGGCUCUCACCUUCAGAGAUAGUGUCUCGUCUCCCUACUAAACCCACCAACCCGGAGGCUCCAAUGCUGCUGGACCGGAUGUUGCGCUUACUCGCCAGUCACUCGGUCUUGAAAUGUCGCGUGCUUGAAACCGGAGAGAACGGUGGAACCGGAAAGACCGAUAGGGUAUAUGCAGCCGAACCGGUUUGCAAGUUGUUCUUGAAAGAUAGAGAUGGCUCGGGUUCUCUCUUGUCUUUCUUCCUGUUGUGCCAAAACCAUGUCAUAUUCAAGGCUUUGUCGCAUCUUAAGGAUGUGAUAUUAGAAGGAAAAGAUGCAUUUAUGUCUGCCCAUGGCAUGAGAGCCUUUGAAUACUUGGGUUCGGAUGAACAAUUCGCUGAGAUGUUUAACCUAGCAAUGUCGGAAUCUUCAACCCUGGUCAUGAAAAAGAUUCUAGAAGUUUACAAAGGAUUCAAAGAUAUUAACACUUUGGUUGAUGUGGGAGGAGGAGUUGGGACAGUACUAGGUCUAGUCACUUCCAAGUAUCCUCGUAUUAAGGGCAUCAAUUUCGAUUUAGCUUCGGUUGUAUCCAAUGCCACUCCUUAUCCAGGAGUGGAACAUGUGGCUGGAGACAUGCUUGUUGAAGUUCCAAAGGGAGAUGCCAUUUUCAUGAAAUGGGUGUUUCAUGCUUGGGACGACGAGAACUGUGUUAAAAUCCUCAAAAACUGUUGGUCGAGUCUUCCAGAGAAAGGAAAAGUGAUAGCCGUGGAGAUGGUUAUGCCAAAAGAACCAACGAGUGACGACUGUUCUCCUAACAUUGGGUACACUGUGGACAUGUUCAUGUUAUCACUACGUGGGAGUGGUGGAGAAAGGACUCUUUCUGAAUACGAGGCUUUAGCUUAUGCUUCAGGCUUUCGUCGUUGUGAGCUCAUUUGCCGUUCCUUUUCGUUCUCUCUUAUGGAGUUCCACAAGUAGAUUUGAAGUUCUCAGUUUCUCACGACUCGCAUGAAGACUAUGGACCAAUAAAGUCAUAUGUUUUGAUCUUUAACUUUCAGAAUUAGAAAAAGAAACAAUAAACUUUUAUACUGUGUGAUAAAUAACAGUUUUGUUGUCUUUGAUCCUCUUUUUUUACCUUGUAUGUCAACGAGUUGUAAUAAAAUAUGUGAUCAUUGUGAAAAUGUAUUUUUAUGUUAACUGUCUCUCUGCCAGAUUUUCCAUUACAAUCAACCAACGAUUGUUUUGUCAUAUAAAAACACUCUUAUUAAGACUCAAAUAGAUUUAAUUUACAAGAUUUAAAGAUUACACAUUAUCGAUCGACAAAUAAAACAAGCUUAACAGUGAUGUGAGUCUUGUUGAGCUACUAGCUUUGAGAUCCUCCGGAUAAGCCAGAGGUUUCCAUGAUGGGUUUCUUGGAAGAAACGUUUCAUGCAUAACCAAACAAACAUACACACACAGUUGUCCGUUGAUUACGAAGUUUGAUGAAAAACAUUACAAACAAAGAAAAUGAUGAUGAAAAAAA